AUGUCAGACGAACUACCUUUCCAUAUCCAAGGAGAAAUCAUCAUGCGGCUUCCUGUCAAAUCACUGAUUCAGUUCAGAUCCGUCUCAAAAGCUUGGAAGUCUUUGAUCGACAGCGCAGAGUUUGUUGCUGCUCAGAGCGUCCUCCAUACUCACCCACACCAUCUUUUUGUAUGGUAUAAAGAUCCGAGAGGAGAAGUAAAAUACGUUUCUUUUGUCGAUGACGACUCUUUCCCCCAGCAGAGGUUUGUUCCUACUCUUCCUCUGUCCGUUAAACUUCCAAGAAUAGUUGGUAGUUCUCAUGGCUUGUUGUGUUUGGAUGGUUAUCAUUGGGAUCCGGAGACUUCUAAAAUCAACUUUAAAAAGAGAUUGGCUGUUGUUUGUAAUCCUUCUAUCAGAAAAUCUAUAGCUUUUGUUGUACCUGAUAUCUUGUAUGCGCGCCAAGAAAUCGUUCUUGCUUUUGGUGUUUGUCCUGUUACUAUCGAUCCCAAGAUCAUCCAGAUCACACAACUUCCUUCAUGGAUGGAUAAGAAAACCGAAAUUAGCAAUCUUUGGAAAGUUGAGGUUUAUUCCUUUAGUUCGGGGAAAUGGAAAAGUCUAUCUACCAAUCUACCGAGUAAUUCAAUACGAAUUAGACAACCGCAGGUAGUUAUUGAUAGGUAUAUCUACUGGUGUUCUUCAUGUAUAGAUAGUGGAUUACGUACUCAUAAUCUGAUUAUGUCAUUUGAUAUGACUGAUGAGAGUUUCAAAGUUGUAGACAUCCCCGAUAGUUUAGCUAGCCACCCUUUUGCACGGUUGUCUAUUUCUAAACUAGGGGAAUCUUUAGUCAUGCUUGAAUACAAUAUAAACACCGAGGAACAAGUUCGUUGUGAUGUAUGGAUGAUGGAGAAUGGUGUUCAAGUAUCGUUUACAAAGCUAUACACAAUUAAGGGUCAACGUGGGUCAAUAAAGGCGGUGGGUUUUAGGAAGACUGGAGGACCGAUAAUGGAAGUGGACGAUUAUCUUUCUGAGCCGACUCAGCUUGUUGUUUAUGAGCCCAACUCAGGACAUUGCAAUGAUCCGAUUAGAGGAUAUUCAUUCAACGUGAAUUCUUACAUGGAAACACUACUCAUGUUUGGUCGAUCUGAUUGUAGCAGUUAUUAA